AUGAUUGACAAGAGACUCCCCCUGGACCUUCCCAAAGACUUCCCCUGGACCUUCCCAAAGACAUCCCCUUGGACCUUCCCAAAGACUUCCCCUGGACCUUCCCAAAGACUCCCCCUGGACCUUCCCAAAGACUUCCCCUGGACCUUCCCAAAGACUUCCCCUGGACCUUCCCAAAAGACUUCCCCUGGACCUUCCCAAAGACAUCCCCUUGGACCUUCCCAAAGACAUCCCCUUGGACCUUCCCAAAGACUCCCCUGGACCUUCCCAAAGACUUCCCCUGGACCUUCCCAAAGACUUCCCCUGGACCUUCCAAAAGACUUCCCCUGGACCUUCCCAAAGACAUCCCCUUGGACCUUCCCAAAGACAUCCCCUUGGACCUUCCCAAAGACUUCCCCUGGACCUUCCCAAAGACUUCCCCUGGACCUUCCCAAAGACUUCCCCUGGACCUUCCCAAAGACUUCCCCUGGACCUUCCCAAAGACUUCCCCUGGACCUUCCCAAAGACAUCCCCUGGACCUUCCCAAAGACUUCCCCUGGACCUAAGACUUCCCCUGGACCUUCCCAAAGACUUCCCCUGGACCUUCCCAAAGACUUUCCCUGGACCUUCCCAAAGACAUCCCCUGGACCUUCCCAAAGACUUCCCCUGGACCUAAGACUUCCCCUGGACCUUCCCAAAGACUUCCCCUGGACCUUCCCAAAGACAUCCCCUGGACCUUCCCAAAGACUUCCCCUGGACCUUCCCAAAGACAUCCCCUUGGACCUUCCCAAAGACAUCCCCUUGGACCUUCCCAAAGACAUCCCCUGGACCUUCCCAAAGACUUCCCCUGGACCUUCCCAAAGACUUCCCCUGGACCUUCCCAAAGACUUCCCCUGGACCUUCCCAAAGACAUCCCCUGGACCUUCCCAAAGACAUCCCCUUGGACCUUCCCAAAGACAUCCCCUUGGACCUUCCCAAAGACAUCCCCUGGACCUUCCCAAAGACUUCCCCUGGACCUUCCCAAAGACUUCCCCUGGACCUUCCCAAAGACUUCCCCUGGACCUUCCCAAAGACUUCCCCUGGACCUUCCCAAAGACUUUCCCUGGACCUUCCCAAAGACAUCCCCUGGACCUUCCCAAAGACUUCCCCUGGACCUUCCCAAAGACUUCCCCUGGACCUAAGACUUCCCCUGGACCUUCCCAAAGACUUCCCCUGGACCUUCCCAAAGACUUUCCCUGGACCAUCCCAAAGACAUCCCCUGGACCUUCCCAAAGACUUCCCCUGGACCUUCCAAAGACUUCCCCUGGACCUUCCCAAAGACUUCCCCUGGACCUUCCCAAAGACUUCCCUGGACCUUCCCAAAGACUUCCCCUGGACCUUCCCAAAGACUUCCCCUGGACCUUCCCAAAGACAUCCCCUUGGACCUUCCCAAAGACAUCCCCUUGGACCUUCCCAAAGACAUCCCCUGGACCUUCCCAAAGACUUCCCCUGGACCUUCCCAAAGACUUCCCCUGGACCUUCCCAAAGACUUCCCCUGGACCUUCCCAAAGACAUCCCCUGGACCUUCCCAAAGACAUCCCCUUGGACCUUCCCAAAGACAUCCCCUUGGACCUUCCCAAAGACAUCCCCUGGACCUUCCCAAAGACUUCCCCUGGACCUUCCCAAAGACUUCCCCUGGACCUUCCCAAAGACUUCCCCUGGACCUUCCCAAAGACUUCCCCUGGACCUUCCCAAAGACUUUCCCUGGACCUUCCCAAAGACAUCCCCUGGACCUUCCCAAAGACUUCCCCUGGACCUAAGACUUCCCCUGGACCUUCCCAAAGACUUCCCCUGGACCUUCCCAAAGACUUUCCCUGGACCUUCCCAAAGACAUCCCCUGGACCUUCCCAAAGACUUCCCCUGGACCUUCCCAAAGACAUCCCCUUGGACCUUCCCAAAGACAUCCCCUUGGACCUUCCCAAAGACAUCCCCUGGACCUUCCCAAAGACUUCCCCUGGACCUUCCCAAAGACUUCCCCUGGACCUUCCCAAAGACUUCCCCUGGACCUUCCCAAAGACAUCCCCUGGACCUUCCCAAAGACAUCCCCUUGGACCUUCCCAAAGACAUCCCCUUGGACCUUCCCAAAGACAUCCCCUGGACCUUCCCAAAGACUUCCCCUGGACCUUCCCAAAGACUUCCCCUGGACCUUCCCAAAGACUUCCCCUGGACCUUCCCAAAGACUUCCCCUGGACCUUCCCAAAGACCUCCCCUGGACCUUCUUUCACAGAGACAUGUUUGGAUGAUAGCAGAAACCAACACCACUUCUUCUCAUUGUGUCCCGGUGCUGUUCGCUCCUCAUCCCAAAACACAAAGAAAAGGAAAAUGGGACGAAGAAGGAAAUCAAAGGGGAACAAAGCGAGUCCGGCGUUGGUCCGGUCGGUGAUGGACGGGAGAGGACGGGCCCUCGGCUGUUUAUGGACGGCUGCGGCGCUGAAAGGAUAUUUCUGA